GGAUUUGAGACGUUUCCGCAAUUGUUUUCAUUUUAGAUAAUCUGACAACAGAAGCUGCUUAGGGUUAGCUAGGAAGAACAUCAUGGCACUUGCACGAGCGGUAAAAGAUGUGUUCAUUGUUUCUGCCAAGAGAACAGCCUUUGGUACAUAUGGCGGGAAGUUGACAGGCAAGACAGCCACAGAUCUGAUGGAAGUAGCUGCUAAAAGUGCAUUAACAGAAGGAAAUGUUAAUCCUGCAGCUGUUAACGGUGUUGUUAUAGGAAAUGUGUUACAUUCUGCAGCAGAUACAAUUUACAUUGCCCGUCAUGUUGGAUUGAGAUGUGGUGUGCCUGUUGGUGUACCUGCUUUAACAGUCAACAGAUUAUGUGGAUCAGGUUUCCAAGCAAUAGUCAAUGGAGCUCAGGAAAUCAUGCUAGGAGAUUGUAACGUUGUAUUAGUUGGUGGAUCAGAUAACAUGAGUCAGUCUCCAUUCGCUGUCAGGAAUAUCAGAUUUGGUACAAAGCUUGGUCAAGACCUUAAGUUAGAAGACCUAAUGUGGGCAGCUUUAACAGAUUCACACACAGGCCUUCCUAUGGCUAUCACAGCAGAAAACUUGGCAGAACAAUACAAUAUAUCUAGAGAGGACUGUGAUAAAUAUGCCCUCCAAACUCAGCAAAGAUGGAAACAAGCACAAGACAGUGGUGUGUUUAAAGCAGAAAUUACACCAAUGACUUUAAAGGGCAGGAAAGGACCAGAGGUAUUUGAGGUUGAUGAACAUCCCAGACCUCAGACUACUAUGGAAACACUUGGAAAACUUCCUACUGUUUUCAAGAAAAAUGGCACCGUCACAGCUGGAAAUGCUUCAGGUGUGUGUGAUGGAGCAGCAGCAUUAGUAUUAGCCAAUGAACAAGCAAUCAAAGACCACAAUCUUAAACCUCUAGCAAGACUAGCAGCUUAUGGUAUUGCAGGUUGUGAUCCCAAGAUAAUGGGUAUAGGCCCAGCACCUGCAUCAAGAGCAGCUCUUAAAGCAAUUGGUAAAGAUGUAAAAGAUAUGGAAAUAGUUGAUGUUAAUGAAGCCUUUGCACCACAAUUUCUAGCUGUUGCUAAAGAAUUAGGUCUUAAUAAUGACAUUACCAAUAUGGCAGGAGGGGCGAUAGCAUUAGGUCAUCCACUGGCUGCAUCAGGUGCUAGAAUUACAGGUCAUUUAGUCCAUGAAUUACAUCGACAGAACAAAAGCAUAGCCAUGGGUUCAGCAUGUAUAGGUGGAGGACAGGGAAUGACAGUAAUCGUAGAGAAAUGUUAACCAAUCAAAAACUCUGAUUUCUUCAUGUGAUCAAUUAUCUAUUUAUACUAACUGAUGUAAUAUUUAUUCAAAUAUGUGAUGGACCAAUUUUUUUAUUUGAUGAAAUCAAGAAAAGUGCAGCUAUUUUAUUCAUAUGUGAUACAUACCGUUUACAACAUCAGGGACUCGAUACAUUUGGAAAAAACAUAUCUGCAUGUAAACUUUCACAUGGAGAAUUCACACACACAAGGUGGAAUUAUGUACGCUCAAAUAAAAUAGCAUUUCAUGUGAUCAAUUAUUAUUAAUUUAAAUCCUUCGCAUUUUUUCAAAACUGUGGGCAGUUUUGGUGCAGAGAAGAAUACUAUGCAUUUGUAAAUAUGCAAAUAAAUAGUUAUAACCAGUU